AUGCCACGAUUAUCAGCAAAUUUCGCAUCUUCAGUACUGAUUCUCGUAUUCGCUAAUGGCAUCAUAAAUGCUCAGAUAUUUUCCUUCAUGAAUAAGUCGAAUGGUAGUAGCACAGAAGCACCAAAUGAACAACAGAGAAACUUGCAAAUUGAAAGUGCAGUGAAUCAAAAUAAAGCUUCUUUAAAUGAAGUAGAUAUUACUUGGCAGUAUGUAGAUGAAGAUGGAGAAGCAUUAGCCAACAAUAAUAGCAGUGUUAUUGAAGAUACUGGAGAAGAAGAAAUAUGCGCAUUUCUUGAUCAAAAUGAUCCUUUAUUACAAGAAGAAAUUUUUUGUUGGGAAAUAGUUGAUGAAGAUGACGAAGAACCGAUUAACACUUAUUACGGUACUUUAAAAGAUAUUUUAACUGCAGAAAGUCUUUCUGAAUCAGAUGAAAAUACAUCAAAUGAAAAUGAUUCACAUGAAAAAUACGAAAAUGAAGAUUGCCUAUCACUUAUGUGCAGUAUUCCAAGAGCACGAUGGACUCGAUGCUUCAGUUAUGAAGAUUCACUACUGUAUCUAUCAUGCAUUGAGUUAUCAACACCUUCUUCUACUCCUCAACCUGAAACAACUGAUUUAUAA